UUUUCAGGAUGUAUAUGGUGUUUUCGCUGCCAUUGUUGUUGUUAGUCCUCAGCCAGUCAGAACCAGCAGAGGCAGCAGACGACAAUCCAGUGACCGUCCGAUUCCAUUGUAGAGGAAAUUGCUGUGAUCACCACGAAUGGUGCCGAUUUUGGGCAUCUGUAGGUGAAUGCAAGUCGAAUCGAGAAUGGAUGGCGGACAAUUGCCAAAUAGCUUGUGGAAGUUGCCGACGAGGCCCCAACCGAACACCCCGUCCAGGGGGUAAUAGGCCGCCUAGGCCCGGUACACGAGGACGGCGACCGUUGUCGAGUCCUCGGAACCCGGGUCCAACAACACGAACCCGUCGACCGACACCACAGUUCAGAAGGCCGCUGGCAGCGAGACCUCCACGACCAUCCACUCCUAGGGUCACUUUCAGAACUACACCGUUCGCUAGAGCAAAUAGAUUCCGAACAAGGCCACCAACACCGAGCACAACCCGACAAUUACCGGUAACUACAACCCGGCAAUUACCGCCGGUAACUACAACCCGGCAAUUACCUGUACCGGUAACCACGCGACCACCGCCACCGCCACCGCCUCCACCACAGACACAACCACCCCCACCUCAGGUGAAUAACGUUGCCAGAUGUCAACAAAUUCUACGAGAUCCCCUGGUAGCAGCGGAAGAGAUGUGGCGAGAGCAUCUGGUUGUGCCUACGGAAGAUAACAGUGGAAGACGAACGGUCGAUUUGGAUCAGGUGAUUCGUUCAAAUUUGGCAAGUGCUUGUGUUCCACGUAUGGAUGAGUCAAGUUGUGAGAGGAACUUCUGCUUUAACGCAUACUAUAGGACUAUGGAUGGCACUUGUAAUAAUCUGCAAAAUCCUUUGAGAGGUGCUGCAUAUCGCCCAUACACCCGACUUCUUCCUACAGUUUAUGAUAAUGAGUUGUCAGAACCAGUAGCCUCUAUGUUCCCAAACUUGCGUCCAUCACCUCGUGAAAUCACUCGCCAUCUCACUUCAUCUCAUGCUUCCGUUGUUUCUGAUGAUUAUAAUGCACUGGUUAUGCAGUUCGGUCAAUUCAUCUCCCAUGACAUGGCUAAGACAACACUGAUCCCAUCAUCAAAAUGUAACGUCUGUCAAAAUAUUACGAGUCGUUGCAUGGCUGUACCAAUUGCUCCCGAUGAUCCAAAUGCUGGAUUCCGACGUAACACUUGCGUAAGAGUAUCGCGAUCGUCACCAAUUUGCGGUUCGGGUAAUCAGAAGCCAAGACAGCAGCUGAACGAAAAUACAGGUUAUAUCGAUGCUUCUCCCAUCUACGGCUCUUCUGUACACGACUCCGAAAAAUUCCGACAAGGAAGAACUGGUUUCCUCAAACUUCCACAGUUCAAUGGAAUGCAAAUGCUACCAUUCGACCAGAGCAAGUGUAGGAAUAGACAAUCAUGUACGGUAAUAUUCACAGCCGGAGACAGUCGUGUAAAUCUCUUUGUCGGUUUAUCAGCAUGGCACACAAUCUUCACAAAAGAGCAUAAUAGGUUAGUGACAGCGUUGAUGCGAAUGAACCCACACUGGAGUGGUGACAGGCUCUAUCACGAAGCUAGAAAAAUUGUUGGAGCAGAAUUACAAGCAAUCGUUUACAGAGAAUGGCUUCCAAAGAUCCUCGGCGCCGCGUUCUCAUCUGUGGUUGGCGACUACCGAGGCUAUGAUCCAACAGUAGAUGCUACGAUAGCCAAUGAAUUCACAUCAGCUGCUUUCCGAUUCGGACAUGGAAUGAUCCAGGAAUUCUACCAACGACUUGACCCCAAUUUCAGUAACUCAUCCUUCGGUGCUCUUCCCUUCCAAAAGGGCACAUUACACUCGGAUGUUCUUGUUAAUGAGGGAGGACCUGAUCCAUUGUUAAGAGGUAUGUUCUCUCAAAGUGUCAAGCGACCACAGCGGGUGACGACAACGGUAACAGAGAACAUGUUUGGCUCAACUGAUCUCAGCACUAUCAACAUCCAGCGAGGACGUGAUCACGGACAUCCAAGCUACAGUAAGUAUCGAGAACUUUGCGGUAUGGGCGUAGCCACAUCCUUCGACCAUUUGUCGCGAGAAAUUCUAAACACUGGCACUCGAGACAAAUUACAAAGGGUCUACGGAUCAGUGGAUCGCAUAGAUCUUUGGGUUGGCGCUUUGUUAGAAGAUCCUGUAGUCAGAGGAUUAGUUGGACCAACAGUAGCGUGCAUAGUCGGCCCACAGUUUAAGAGGACGAGAGAUGGGGACCGAUUUUACUACGAGAACCCAGGAUCGAAUAAUCUGCGACAACACAGCCACAAUCACAAUGGUUCCUCGGGAAGCAUUCCGACUUGGACAUUUGACGCCUUGUACUCAAAUACCGCAAAUGGAUCUCAGCAAAUGGAAGGAAUAACACGGCUCAGUAUAGUAGGCAGUCUGGAGACACAAACACGGUUGAUGCGGGCUCAACAAUAGCCAUGUUAUAAUUUGUUUGAGAUGCACGAUCUUCAAUACUUCUUUAUGUAAUUAUAUUUACCUCAGUGCUAUGCCUUCACAAUCUAUGAUUUGUGAUUUUGGGCAGAAAGUUCUUUCUCAGCUUCGUGGAAUGUAUUGAAGAUCAUUUUGAUGUAACGUUUAUUGUCAUUUUUGUAUGAAAUAAAUAUAAAACCCUUC